AUGAGCGCUCUGCCAGUCUGUGCUUGCCGUCGCGCGCUUGCGGCGAGCACCCGCGCCGUAUCAGAGGCGCCGCGACUCAAUGUGAUCAAGGGCUUUGGCAACAUACUCUAUUCCAAUUCGACCUCAACAUCUGCAGGUUCUCCAAGGCCGGUCAAGCCCAACGGGAUGUGCGUCCGGUCACGUCGCCCUUACUCGACUGAUGCUGUCUCCGCGCACACACCAAGCGCGUCUACAACCACCACCGACAAGAACCUCCACACUGUCGAGGCUUCUGGAGCGCAGCAGCCCACCGUGCAUGCCCUGUUCGAGACACAGACGGGGACGUGGCAGUACGUCGUCGCCGACCCGACGACAUCCGCCGCCGUCAUCAUCGACCCUGUCCUCGACUACGACCGGACCGCCCGGGCCGUGGCUACCGCUUCUGCGGAUGCGCUGCUGUCGCUGGUCGAGCAGAAGCGGUAUCGGGUCGACAUGAUUCUCGAGACGCACGCGCACGCUGACCAUCUCACGGCGGCGUCGUACCUCCAACGUCAGCUCGUCCGGCGUACGGGACACCGCCCACCCAUCGGCAUCGGGAAGCGCAUCGGCCAGGUCCAGGAGCUCUUUGCCGAGCGCUACGGCGUGCUCGAGGAGGAGUACCGUACCGUGUUUGACGUGCUGCUCGAAGACGACGAGGUCUUUCACAUUGGGCAGCUUUCCGCGUCCGCGAUCCAUCUGCCGGGACACACACCCGACCACAUGGGCUACAAGAUCGGCGACAAUGUCUUUUGCGGCGACUCGCUGUUCCACGCGGACAUUGGCACCGCCCGCUGCGACUUCCCCGGCGGCAGUGCCCACACGCUCUACGCCUCGGGUCGCAAGCUUCUCAGCCUGCCCCCCACAGUCAGGAUCUGGACGGGACACGACUACCCCCCAGACGAAGGCCGUGGCCCUGUGCCAUGCAUGACCGUGGAGGACCACAGGAGGUUGAACAAGCAUUUGCGGAGCGGCGUCACCGAGGACGAGUUUGUGUCCCUCCGCGAGGCCCGCGAUGCCGCUCUGGCGGCGCCCAGGCUGCUCCACGAGUCUCUUCAGACCAACGUCCGCGCGGGUCGGAUGCCCAAGCCGUCGCCUGCGGGGCAGCGCUUGUUCCAUCUGCCGUUGAAGUUGCCGGAAGCCUGGAAUUGA